AUGGAAACCCCCAAUCCCAGCGGAUUCCAUUUCACACCUCAAGCUGUCGAGCGAGACGAAUUUGCAGAGAACAAGAGCCCUGCAAGCAACUAUACUGCCAGCAGUCUGACAUCCACUCGAAAUCGGGUUCCCUAUUUCCGUUACUUUGGUCCCACAGCUAUUGUUCCAGGAUUCAAGCAAAUGGUUGUACAGGUCAAGGAUCAUCGAAGGGGUUUGCCCUCGGUGUCAGGUGAAUCGCCUGCGUCAGGUCCUCAAUUGGAAACAACGUCGACCCUAGGCCAAGAAAUGAUGCCCGUCGAGAUACCUUUCUAUGACGCGACCGACCCAGGCCCAAAUGCUCCUCUGAUCACUCAGCUUUGUGAAUCAUUUUUCACCCACCUCGGAUGCAAUUAUUCAUUUCUACAACGCGACCGAUUUCUCAAAGAUCUUGAAGAGAAAAGGGUGGAUGCGAUUUUAGUGGAUGCUGUGUGUGCCGUCGCAGCACGCUUCUCUGCCAGUCCCAUUCUGUGGACAUCAAAUGACUCGUCUAUCCCUCGAGAUCCUGAAAAUAACGUCCGGAGGGCUUUCCGCGGCCACCCUUUUGCGCAGCGAGCCAUGUCUUCUGUCGUCGACACAUUUUCGUGCCCCACGAUUGCAGUGGCCCAAGCAUGUUUAUUGCUUGCAUACGAGGAGUUCGGGACCGACCAUGACAGUGGUUUAUGGAUGUAUUUGGGAACAGCGAUUCGUAUGGCUCAAGAUUUGGGCAUCCAGAAGCUCGAAGGGAUGCAGCUCGAGGGCCGAAUUGGACCAACCCCAAAGACCGCAAAGCAUGGCCAAGCAGGGAAGGCCGAAGAGCAACGGAGAUUUGAACAACAAGAGACGAUCUCUCGCAACUUUGCGAAGGGAGGUAGUGCGCAACUCGAUGAUCGAAGGGCCAGUGAACGAGAACGCAUUGAUACGUUUUGGGCAAUAUUCUUCCUUGAUCGAGCUGUAUCUUCAGGCGUUGGCCGCCCUGUAACCCUCCGAGACAAGGACAUUGAGAUAUCUUUCCCCUACCGGCCCGAUGAGCAACUUAUCGAUGGGUACCCGGACCCGUUUCCAGCAAUGAUAAAGAUCGUACAUAUGUAUGGACGAGUUGCCGAUGUGUUGAACAACCUGAAGGAGGUCAGCCAAGUAACUCCAGAAAUACUGAAAAGGCUCGCAAGUAUGGAGAAAGAUCUAACAGGCAUUUACCAACGACUUUCACCGAAAUUACAUUUCAAUGCUACCAAUUUCCAACACUAUGUAAAAGCUGGCCAUGGAACUAAUUUUAUUCUAUUGCACUUCUGGUUCCACACUUUAAUUGUGUUACUACAUCAGCCAACUCUUCUCCACUCGUUUGAAGGGAGAAUCCAGCAACUCUUCCCGGAUAGCCGAGAGUUAUCCAUGUCUUCGGCCAAGACGAUCGCAGACAUACUCGCGUUUGCUGAAUUGAUCGAUGUGAAGAGCUUUAUAGGCAAUCCUUUCACGAGUCAACCAAUGUAUGUUGCUGCAUGUGCAUUUUUAGCCGAGGCUGCUGCCCAUACAUCUCAACCCCCUUCUCGAGCGACAUCUCCACCACCAACUGGCAAUCCCAAAAUCAAAAGCGAACACAUGUCCGAACGGACGGUUUCAGAGCAGAAAGCAGCCUCUGCUCGUCAUACACUGUUGGCGACAGCAGCGAAUCAGAAUUACCAAAGAUGCUACAAGGCUUUGAAGACUCUGGACUCUUACUGGGCAGGAUGCAGAUACAUCUUGACAGCUCUUGACCAGAAGGCGAAGGGUUUGAUGGACCCCAUUCUAUUUACAGCGGAAGAUCUUGAUGGAGAAAUGCCAUCGACCGAGCCUUCCUUUACCACUCCAGGCUGGAGGAGGAGUACUUCUUUAAAUGCCUCGCUUGGCGCGUAUGGAGGCGCAUUCAACCGACUUCAAGGUCUUAGAGCCCUGGAAGGAGGCAUGACGUUUUCACCAAAAAUGGACUUAAGCCAGGUUAUUGGUUGGUCACUGACAGGCACUGCAAAUUCCCCAGCGCCAAAUUUAAGUGUUCUUUAUCCCAAUGCUGGCGGUGAAGAGGGUGGAAUGGUUGCCACAGGACUUCAGGAUCGUGAUAUUGCGGUUAGGAACCCACACUUUGCGACUGGGCUUAUGACGGGUCAAAGUGUCAAUAUUCACAGCCUUCAAGACACGACUUCUCCAACCAUGAUUCCGGGUGGUUUUGAGAGCUCGAAAAUGACACAACCUAGCAACAGGUUAUCAAAUCUACCUUACGAUCCCGUGUCUACAGCGGAGGCAGAUCUUCUGCUUGGGUUACAUUCUCCCUACGCGAGUGAUUCCACUAGCCAAUCGAUGAUGGUCCAAGGGUCUGCUGCACAGGGUCAAAACACAAAUCCUUACAACUACUUAUCUUCACAAACAACACCAUCCAGCUUACAACAACAACAACCCUUUAUGGAUUUUCAGAAUCAAUCGUACAAUAACAUGCUGAUCGAGUCUCAGGAUAUUGAUAUGAGCGGCCAACAGCUCAAUUUCAAUUUCCCGGGUGGUGACAUGAUACCAUGGCUAGAAUAUCUACCGCAGGAUGUACUGAAUUACUUUGGGGAACCACAAGGCGAUGAGGAUGGAGUUAUGCCCCAAGGAUCAGCUCAACCUGGUUGA